UGCAGCUAUUGCCUUUUGCUUGCAGUUGUCUGCGGCGGACCUAGUGGAAGGAAAUCGAAACUUAUCUGAGCCCAUGAAGUGAGUCUUUUCGUCGGACUCAAAGCUCGUCCUUUAGCUCCUUAGCUCGCCUCCCCAGCAGCUGCUGCUCUGUUCCUGCUUUUCUCUGCAAACAUGACCCGCCUUUAAACUUUGCUUUGGUUCGCUGAACUUUAUCAGAUCUGCUAUGGUGUGACCAACCAUGGACCCAGCCCGAGAGAAACGAAAGGAAGAGAUCAUCAAGGAUCUGGCUUUUAUACAGUCUCCCUUGGCUUAUCCAGAUCCUGCAGGCUACCAGGACUUUUUGACCCGCUUGGUUUGCAACCUUCUUGAAGAGGGCAAUGCCUUCUUCCGAGACGAACAGUGGAGCGAGGCCGUCAAAGAAUUCAGCGAAGCCUUAAAUGUCUCGAACUAUGCUGAAGCAGAAGAGAUCCAGAUCCCUGAAGCCUUGCUGGAGAGCCUGUAUGUCAACCGAGCCGCUGCGUACCACAGUAUGGGAAUGUACAGUAAAGGUAUUGAGGACUCUGACAGCGCUCUGAAGGUGUGUGAGGGCAGCCGCAGGGCUCUGUACAGGAAGGCACUGUGCCUGAAGGAGCUCGGGAAGCACAAGGAGGCGUACGACUGCACCACCGUCUGCCUGCUCAGUAAUCCUCAGGACAAGCAGGUGAAUGAGCUCUCCCAGGAUCUGGCCCGCCGGCUGGGGAUGAAAGUCCGAAAACCCUACAUCAGCUCAAAGGCACCUGUUAAUAAUGGCGUCCAGAAUGGUGUGAACCCUCCGAGUGUCGAAGCAGCAGUCGCCUUUCACAGCGCGCCGAAGUCCACCGCUCUCUCCACACCUUCUGCACAUCAGCUGGUGGAAGCUGUGGAGGACUUGGAGGUGGUGGGAGAUGAUCUAGACAGUUUGCUGGACAGCCUUCCUUCUGGGCAAGUCCCAUCAGAGGUUCUGCAGUUCUCUGACUCUGGCAAUGCACCCUCUCCCCCUUCCUUCCUUCCCGCCCCGACUCCCCAGCUCCCUCCUGCCUUUUUCAGCUCAUCUGGCAGCCAGCUCAACUCCUUGGACUCCUUCACUAACGGUGAUCAUGCCCCAGCUGCUGCUGCGCUGGACAUCCUUGAUGACCUCCAAACCCCCGGGAACGGAGAUGGAACGGUUGCCUCAGACGCGUCACUUAACGUCACAACACUGGAUAACGUGGAUGGUCUGGAUUCUCUUGACACUCUUGAUGACCUUUUGGACAUGAUGCCGAAUGCUGUCGCUGCUAAGGAGGCUAAAACUGAGAGAGAAAAAACCCCAGAGAACCUGAUGAGUGAGGUGGAUGCCCUGGGGCCUCAUAUAAAAGCUCAGAAUGGUGACCUUCCUAAAACGGGUGCCAUCGCCAAGAAGCAGGUGGGCUCUCUUGACGCUUUGGACUCCUUCCCCACUGAGGAAGACGUCCAGGCUGCUUUCCAAAGAGUUUCAGCCAGAGGAACAAGCCUAGACUCCCUCUCUGAUUUCAGCUCAAAUGGUUUCUCAGAGUCUGACACUGCUGCUUCAUCUCUAAUCAGAUCUCCAAAACACCAAUUUAAAGCGAAGGACAGCCAUAAUGGGACUGCAGCCGUCUCUAACCCUCUGUCCUCCACCCACGAGUUCCUGCAGGCUUGCUCCCUCUGUUUUCCUCGUCUUGGUCCAAGUGUUUACAGCUUUGUUCACAAGCCAGACCUCGUCCAUGACUGUAAGUGUGACAUAUUGCUGUGCAGACAGAGGGCUGAUUGUCCUUCUGAAUGGACGAGAGUGAGACGGCUUCCUUCCCGGACGUCGUUCUCUGGACCUUUUGUUCUUUGUAAAGAGCUGCUGAAGUCCGGGGAUCUGGGUGUGUGCAAGUAUGGAGAAAAAUGCACAUUCGCUUACAACCAGCUGGAGAUCGACGUUUGGACAGAGGAAAGGAAGGGAAGGCUGGACAGGAACGCUCUGUUUGGAGGCACACCUGUUAAAAUGGACCCAGUGAACAGCAUCAUUGGUCUCCUGCAGGAGCACAGAGGCAGGUUUAUCUUCCUCUGUCAGGAAUGCUACGACGGCAAACCUAGAAUCAUCAGUAAGCGCUCCUGUGUCAGUCAAGCAAUCUGCUCCAACUUGGAGGCUCGUCACAACUUUGAUGCUAAUAAGUGCCUGGCCUUUGUAGUGACCACCCACAACAUUAACUAUAGCAAAGUGCGUCCUCUCAGCGUCUUGUGCCAGUUGGGUUUGUGUCGACAAGCCAUCCGAUACGGCUGCCUGCGGGAGGACAGUUGUGUAUUUGCCCACUCCGUCAUAGAGCUGAAAACCUGGAGGGUCCAGCGUGACACAGGUAUCAGUCCGGAUGAGAUUGUGAAAGUUUCAAGGGAAUAUUAUGACAAGCAGGAGCAGAACUACAGAAAGGAGAAAGAGAAAAGGCUGUCCUCUGGCGGGGGUAAAUUAAAAGGAGCCAGCGGUGCGGGGACAACUCUUAACAUCAAAAUGAAGUUUGCAUGUGCACAGUGCUUACGUGGCGGCCUGAUCAGUGAACCGGACAAAGCUCUCAAAUACUGUACAGCUAAAGCCAGACACAUGUGGACCAAAGAUAGAUAUGUGCUACUGGUCAAGAAUUCUACACGGGGUAAAUGGACUCAAGUCCGACCACUGCCACAUGCUAAGAACUUCCCGCUGCAAUAUGAUAUGUGUGCACAGGUUGUGGAGAAGGGGAAAUGCUUCUAUACUGGAAACUGCACCUUUGCUCACAGUCAAGAGGAGAGGGAGAUGUGGAUGUACAUGAAAAAUAACGAGUUGCUGGACAUGCAGCAGGUGUACGACAUGUGGCUGGCUUUGGCUGCUCAGAGCCGCCAAACAGAUGGAGCCACCAUGAGCCAACCCAACCCAGAGGAGAAAUUCAUCGCCAUGCCAACUGACUUUGCUGAACCUCUGAAUGGCUUCCACUGCCGUCUGUGUGGGAAACACAGUAACAGUGAGCGGCAGUGGCAGCAUCACAUCUCCUCAGAGAAGCACAAAGACCGGGUGUUCAGCUGUGAGGGAGAAGACGAGGCCCUGAGGUGGAGCUACCGUUUCCCUGGAAGGUGUUUAAAAAUCUGCCCCAAAAUCGACGGCGGCUGUCCGGAUGGUUUUAGUUGCGACUACGCUCAUAGUACGAAGGAGUUGCAGGAGUGGAUUGAGAGACGGGAAUUUCUCCGCCGCAAGCUAGCUAAAGCCAGGGAAGACAUGCUCAUCAUGCCUGACGAGGUUGACUUUGGGAAGUACAACUUUUUGCUUCAGGACUGAGAAUAAGAGAACAUGAUGAUCCAGUGUUUGAACCGACAAUCAGAUUGCUUCACGCCUUGUUGAACUGAAACUAAAGGGGCAGUGAUCAGGAUGUUCAGCUCGCCAAACGAACUAUUGAAUCAAUAGUCCAAAACUAAUGCAUCGCCAUGAAGUGUCUAUAACUACUUCUUUUUGGUUUGUUUUUUUGCUUAUCCUUGUAUGAUGCAAUUAAUGUAAUCCACAAAUACUAGCCCUACUGUGAAACAUAUAGCUGCCAUAAAAGAAUCAGAAUUGGUUAUCUAAGAACAAUUUUAAAUUUGAUUUUUAAACAUGCUAACAGUGUUUGUCUUGUUUCCUCUGUUUCCUGCUUUAUUUUGCUCUAGCAGGCAGUUCUUGUGUUCCACAGUUCAUCAACACAGGGUGAAUGUUGGCAAACUUUAAACUUCAGUACUAUACUGGGAAUUAAUUAGUUGUUUUCAUGCAAAGGAGUUAUGAAAAAAUUGUUUUUCUUUGUUGCUGCAUUUAUUGAUCAUCAGAAAAAUGUUGUCAAAGGAUU